AUGGCUUUCACUACGAAUGCUACCAUCAACAGCUUCGGCGGACGCUUCCUCAAGCUCUCCCACAAGUCCGCCGUUACCGGCACACCCAUGAACGCAACUCUCUACCUCCCAGGCUCAGCAUCAUCUUCUAAGCCAGCUCCUCUUCUCAUCUACCUCUCCGGCCUCACAUGCACGCCAGACAACGUCACAGAGAAGGGUUUCCUUCAUGCUCACGCCUCCAAGCUCGGUCUUGCUCUUCUCUACCCAGACACUUCUCCCCGCGAGCUCGACUUGCCCGGUGAGCACGACUCAUAUGACUUUGGCAGUGGAGCGGGUUUCUACAUCGAUGCCAAGAAGGACCCUUACAGCAAACACUACAAGAUGGAGUCGUAUAUCACCAACGAGCUUCCCGACCUCAUCUUCAAGGAGUUUAAGGAGGUUGACUCCUCGCGAGUUUCUAUCUCUGGCCACUCUAUGGGUGGACAUGGUGCACUGACUCUGUUCCUCAAGAACCCCGGCAAGUACAAGAGUGUCAGCGCCUGGGCUCCUAUCUCCAACCCUUCCCAGUGCCCCUGGGGUGACAAGGCCUUCAAGGGUUACUUGGGUGAGGAUAAGGAGGAGUGGAAGAAACACGAUGCCACCGAGCUCAUCAAGAGCUGGAAGGGCAACUUCCCUGCUCUCAUUGAUGUUGGCACUGGUGACAACUUCUACAAGCAGGGCCAGCUUCUCCCCGAGAACCUCGAGAAGGCUGUCAAGGAUGCUGGUAUUGAGGGCUUGACUCUCCGCUACCAAGAUGGUUAUGACCACUCUUACUUCUUCAUCUCUACCUUCGGCGAAGAUCACGUCAAGCACGCCGCCAAGGCUCUUGGACUCUUGUGA